GUUUAAAGGCCAAGACAAGGCUUCAAGUCGGCGAUUGUCGACAACCCAUUGUUUUAUAGAAGCCACCACUGCAUCGCCGAAAGUCUGUUACAGAACACAUUCCGAUUCACGGUUUCACAAGCUCUUGCAUCUUAUUACUGUUAACUUUAGUUGUCCGUCUAAGAACACCGCUCGCUUGCUUGCCUUGAAGAUGAAAAUCCUUCUCUCACAGCUGCUGCAAGGCUCGCUCCUUGCAUUAUGUGUGGCUAUGCCAUCCCAAAGAAUGCAAGCAAGUAGCCAACCCACAGACGACCUGGCCGUAGAUGAUGUUCAAGAUCAGGAUAAUAUGCCGCGGCCUGCAAAGUUCCCGGGAUUCAACAACAUGAUUCAGACGAGCGACCCGCCAACAGACUCGACUGUCCCAGCAGACGCUGCCUUCAAUGCAACCUGCAGACACGUCACUCUUAAUGGAUAUGGCAGAGUUGGCGAGACCACAUUGGAGGCUGACUGCAAGGACAGGCAUGGGGUGUGGUGGCAUACCGCGAUUAACUUGAAUAAUUGUAUCGGAAACAGUCACGGCAGUUUAGUGUACUCUCCCGGUGGCAAUUUUGAUAAGACCUGUCGACCUUGCUUCAUCGAUGGUACACAGCCCGGCAAAGAUGUUCUUCUCAAAUGCAAUUGUCUAGAGAAGCCAGGCGCAGUGCCAAUGUAUACAUCACUCCAAAUUGGCACUAUGGUGGAUGAUGUGCUGGCUGUGAAGCCUGUCGGUGCGCAGUUCACAUGCGGCUCUUACAAUGGCACCAAGAGUCCCUUUUUGUAGACUCCGUGUUACUACUUUACCAAAAAUAGGACGACCAGAAUGUUCUCCGAAACAAAGACGUUCGAAUUAAAAAGGACUCAAUGUGAUCUAUUAAUUCAUUCAUUCAUACAUUUAUAAAACUUUCUCGUAGCUCUCAUCACAUCACAAAUUUGCCCUUACAACCACCACAAAGCUCGUUAACCAUGUCUAACCCUCUGUCGGAUUUGAGGUAUUCCUUGGCGAUUCGUUCCAACUCAGAUGGCAUCAAACAACGUGAUUUACAUACAGCACAGAGCCGGGACGUCCCCGGUGCCAUUAUGGGUAAACCGGAUGAAACGCAAAGGACUGUCAGAGACGUUAACAAAGAAGCAUCACCAGGGCGGCGGCAGACUUACUAAAGGCGUGACGGUUGACACAAAUCGCAUUGUCAUCUUUGAUUUCCAGCUUCUCGUCACAAAACGUGCAUUUUGAAUGCUCAAGAGCACUCUUAAACUGACUCUUGAGCUUACUUGUAGCCGGCUGGUCGUUUGCUUCAUCGAGUGUGCCCGUACCAGGUACACCUUCGCCAUUUCCGUACAUCCAUUCCCAAAGUUUUGCUUCGGUCGAAAGCGUAGUUGCCAUGGGGAGUUUAGGCUGUACCGGUGAAUUUUCUUCAGCAACAUACCAGCCAAAUUGGAGUUUCGACAAGCCUUUUCGGUCCGCAUGUUGUGUUUUAUGACGGGAUACCAAGACAACCGUUGUUCCAUCGCCAGGCGAUGACGCAAGACCCCAGAAUCGAUACAUGUGAGGAUAGACCUGACUUUCUCGUUCAUCAACCUCUACUGCAUCGACAUCUGUACGAUUACCGUCGUCCUCUUCAGAAUCUGAGUCAGAGUCCUGGUCUUGAAGGGCUGUUGAGCGCGCUACUCGCCGCGAGACACGCUGGCUAAUAUCUUCGGCCCAUUGCGGUACGGGGAAGUCCUCAUUCAGCGUCGUUUCAAACCAAUCAUCAUUUGAGGCGGUGGCUGAGAGUCGCACGAGUGUAUAUACGGGCGCGUCUGGCUUUUUUGAUGGAUUAGGCUGGUGUAUAAUGAG